AUGGCGGGUCUCCGUGUGGGGCGAGCGGAGGCGGUGUCGGUGCCGGUGUCGGUGCGGGUGCUGCGGCUGGAGGUGCGGCUGGCGCGGGCGGAGCGGCAGCUGAGCGCAGCCCUGGCGCUGCGGGGCCGCCUGCGGGCGCUGGAGCGGCGGCUGGAGAACGGCGGAGGCUGCGGGGCCCCGGGGAGAGGAGCGGGCGGGACCGGCGUCCGGGAGGCCGGGAGAGCCCGGGAAAGGCCGGUGCCGGUGAGCCUGGAGGACGUCUGGGUCCAGUUCAGCAAGCGGGAGUGGCGGGCGCUGCGGGGCUGGCAGCGGGCCCUGCACCGCGCCGUGCUGAGGAGCACCGCCCGCACGCCCCGCUCCUCCCGCACGCCCCGCUCCGCCGGUAAGGGCCCGGACGCCACCGGCAGCGGCCGGGAGAGAGCCCGCGGGUGGGAGCGGGAGGUUGGGAAGGUCCCGUGCGGGAGGGACCCCCCGGCUGAGCCCCCCCUCCCGCCUCCCGCAGGGCUGGGCGCUCCCGGAGGGGAUGCCCGGGACUGCCCGGAGCGGGGGAACCGAGCGUGUGCGGGGAGCUGCGGGGACACCGACGGGAGAGGUGACCCCGCGGAGACUGGCGACGAAGACAGCAGCAUCCGUAUUAAGCAAGAGGAAGAGUUGUGUGGUGCAGAUCAGCAGGAGAGGGAGGCUGGAGAAGAGCCCUGCCCGGAGGAAGUGUUUUAUGAUCCUGAGGCUCCAAGCCAGGCCAGGAGCAGCAGGGAGCUGCCAGGACCUGAGGACCUCCCCAGAGACCCUGACACGGGAUUCCAGACGUAUGGAACUGAUGUUUUGUCAUGGAUUAAACAAGAGGAGGAGCCGUGCACCCCAGACAGACAAGGCCUGGGGAGAGAAGGGAUCUGUGCAGCUGCAAGUACAGUGCCCGAUGGAAGCUCCAGGAGGGCCCCUCAGGCAGAUUGCUUUGAAACCCCCCCGAGUGACUCAGAGACACCAGGAAGACCUGGAGAGAAAUUUUCCAAGGACCUUGUCCCCAGAGUGCCGUGGGAUGCUCACUGGGGUUCAGAAAUGAUGGAAACAACCAGCAGCAGGAGCAGCCUCGGGGGUGACCCUCAGCCCAGCCGAGGGUUUGCUGAGCACUUGGGUGUCUGCAGCCCCCAGGAAAACGUCGUGGGGAGGGGACCCCACGGCAGAAGUGAGAGGAACCCCCACCAGCAGGGAGACCUCCAGCCUCCUCAGGCAGGGGAGAUGUGUCCAGGCCCCACGUCUGAGGGGAAUCUCAGUGCCAGGGUUUUCCACCCGCUGCACCCGCAGCCCUGCGCCCCGGAGCAGAAGGACUCGGAGCCAGGAGCUGCUCCCCCAUCCUGCACCCAGGGGACACAGAACCCCCCGGGGGCAACCCGGCCCCGGGACCCCCCUGGAGGGGAGCAGCUGCCUCUGGAAAGCCAGGAGAACUUCCCGAGGGAAAGCCACUCGGGCAGCCCCUGCUGGGAAGAGGCUGAGGAGAGGGGCAGGCAGCAGCAGGGCAGGGGCAAGUCCUACAUCUGCAGCCACUGCGGGAAGAGCUUCGUCUGCCACUCGUGGCUGGUGAGGCACCGGAUGACACACACCGGGGAGAGGCCCUACAAGUGCUCCGAGUGUGACAAGAGCUACAGGAGGAAGGAUUACCUGCUGAACCACCAGCGGAGGCACUCGGGACAGGGGCUCCUCCAGUGCCCCCUCUGCGGGAAGAGCUUCGUGCUCAGGAGGAGUUUCCUGAAACACCAGGAAAGCCACGUGCAGGAACCCCCCCUGGGCCUGGGGGGCUGGUCCUGUGCAGAGCUCCGGGGACCCCUGAUGCACCCCCUAUAG